AUGCCACGGGACCCAAGACGGCGAUGGACCCCAGAAGAAGACGAUAAGCUCAAACACUUUAAGACAGAAUACCCCAAUCUACCUUGGGGAGAUGUGAUAAAGCUGGCGAACCUGCAGGACAGGGAUGAAAAGAGCUGUUGGGAAAGGUGGAAUAACCAUCUGAAGUCUGAUUUCAACAAAGAGAAAUUUUCCCCACAGGAAGAUGAACGCAUCAUCUAUCUAAGACGCCAUGAUGUGGGGUGGGCAUCUAUGGCAGAAAAUUAUCUUCGUGGGCGAGCUCCUAAUGCUAUCAAGAACCGGUGGAACAACUACCUGAAGAAGAGGCAUGCGACUACAAGUGACCCUGUCCGGGAAGACCUUGAGGCUCGGGUGGACGAAGCUUUGACUACCAAAGUUGAUCCGGAAUCUCCGGAUGAGGAGACUAGUAAUCACUCUGUGGCUUCGACGUCCGACUCUGAUGAUUUGAUUCCCAACCUUCAUCCAAAUGCACUUUGUUCAAUUGAGGACACAUUCACCAUAUGA